AUGAACAGUUCCAUCAACAAUGAUCUUGCUCGACUUGGGGAUUCCGAGGAGGUCAAACGGAUAUACAAGGAGAUGGCUCAUUUGAAAACUAGUAUCCGCAGGAAAGAAACUGCAGCCAGGAGCAAAGAGUUUACCGGCAGGGUUGCAAAGGCGAUGAAGAAGAACAGACUGACGAACCUUUUGCAGAAUGUAAAGAUUGUGCUCACCACGCUAACUAAAAAGAAUGCGAUGAAUAGUGAAGUGAUUGGUACCAGAAAUCACAAGCAGGACCAGGACCAGGACCAGGACCAGGAACAAUAUAUAACAAUCUACUCGCGAAGCGGGACCUCGCUUACUAGUAUGGCCAAGUACAAGCAGGAUAUGGCGAGAUGGAAAACAAACAAUAGUGCGCAUUCGGCGUCUCAUACCGUGAAGAAGAUGAAUAUCGCAGAGAUUCGGUACAGAACUGGCCAUUGCGAUAGGGUCAAAAUCAACGGCGCAAAGUAUGCUGUCUUGAAGAACGGUCGCGUUCUUUGCCCUUUACAAACGACACUCAUCCCGGUUGAAAUAACCUGGAACAGACAAAUUUACACAUUAACCAGGAACGGACAUUAUCGCAUCACAACUAAUAAAGACAAGAAGAAAUCAAAGGACGCUUGCUAUUACUUUACCAAAACUGGAACAUGCCAGAGGGGCACGAGCUGCAAAUAUGGCCAUAAUCGGUCAAUGAUAAAAUUGUGUCCUGCUUUUUUGAAAGGCGAGUGCAAGCUGGUAAACUGCCUAUUAUCGCAUUCUCCAGACAACCACAAUACGCCAUUGUGUCGUUACAAUUUGGAAAAGAGAUGCACAAAGGAGCAAUGCCGUUACAGCCAUGCAGUCCCGAAGCAUUAUGGAGACCCAAAGUACGCGAUUUGGACAUGCAGGCCUUUUGCAAUGGGAAAUUGGUGCCCCAGGGGAAGAAAUUGUCCCUUUUUGCAUGUUUCCAACUGUCCUGAUUUUGAAGAGGACGGCUGUUGUGAGAGGGGAGCGGGAUGCCGUUUGAGCCAUCGUUUGACAUUGCACACUCAACAACUAAUAAGUACGGACCUGGGGAAAAUUGACGCCGAUGAAAGUGAAGUGCACCCAACGAGCCCAAAAGUGUUAAGGAACGACACAGGCACAGCUCAAAAAGAAGCAGUACUAAUUACCGAAGGCGAACAUGAGAAGCACGAUGUGGAUCGAAACUGCGAAGUUAUUAGUAGCUAUACUGUUUCGCCAGGUCUUUUAUUCGUGACCAACACCGCGGGCGGCAAUUUCCCUCACUACAUUGAUGAAGACGGUGAUGGUGGCUGGACGCAAAAGGAGUAUGAGCCUGCUCCCAAAACUCAGUUUUUGAUUGACAUUUCCGAUGACGGUUCAGAAACGGAUGAGAGUGACGGAUUUUUUUAA